AUGGCUGAUAAUCUUCACAAUGCACCGAUAGUGCUAGACAAUGGCAGUGGAACAAUUCGCGCAGGUUUUGCUGGAGAUGACCUUCCGAAAUGCUAUUUCCCAUCGUUUGUUGGCCGACCUAAGCAUCCAAGAGUGUUGGCGGGAGCUCUGGAGGGUGAUGUUUUCAUCGGGCAAAGAGCUCAGGAGCUCCGAGGUCUGCUGAAGAUCAGAUACCCUUUGGAGCACGGAAUCGUGACAGACUGGGACGAUAUGGAACGGAUAUGGCAAUACGUCUAUUCAGAAGAGUUAAAGACGUUGAGUGAAGAGCACCCUGUUUUGCUUACCGAACCUCCAUUGAAUCCUCGCACGAAUCGUGAUACUGCUGCGCAGAUCCUCUUUGAAACGUUCAACGUUCCUGCACUCUUUACUUCGAUUCAAGCCAUUCUCUCCCUCUAUGCAUCUGGCCGAACAACUGGGAUUGUUCUCGACUCUGGAGACGGAGUGUCACAUGCAGUACCGGUGUACGAGGGUUUUGCUGUACCAAGCGCCAUUAGACGCAUUGACAUCGCUGGAAGGGAUGUCACUGAACAUCUACAGACAUUGUUGCGCAAGAGUGGCUACGUCUUUCACACAAGCGCUGAAAAAGAAGUUGUUCGCAUGAUAAAGGAGAAGACCGGAUAUGUGGCUUUGGAUCCAAAGAAGGAGGAGAAAGAAUGGCUGGGCAGCAGUUCAAGAGCUGAGAAUAAAACGGUUGAAUACAGCCUGCCGGAUGGAAACAAAUUAAAGAUUGGAGCUGAAAGGUUCCGCGCACCGGAAAUCCUGUUUGAUCCGGAACUGAUUGGCCUUGAAUAUCCUGGCAUCCACCAAAUCGUAGUCGACUCAAUCAAUCGGACAGACAUGGACCUCCGAAAGGCCCUGUAUGGAAAUAUUGUGUUGUCCGGCGGUUCGACUUUAACCAAGGGUUUUGGCGAUAGAUUGCUCCACGAAAUUCAACGUUUGGCGGUGAAAGAUAUGCGUAUCAAGAUUUUUGCACCGCCAGAGAGAAAGUAUAGCACAUGGAUCGGUGGAAGCAUUCUAGCAGGAUUGAGCACAUUUAGAAAGAUGUGGGUUAGUAUCGAUGACUGGCACGAGAAUCCUGACAUCAUUCACACUAAGUUUACGUGA